UAAUUUUUUGUGUGCAGUUGAAGUGAUUAGUGAUGCACUUGACGGAAGUGCUGUGCAAAGCUGCCCGUCGCUUGGGUCCUCGCUGCUUCAAACGCCACUUGAAACCCGCCUCUCGUUAUGUAGAACCUCUGAACUUCUUCAAAAUUCAGAAUCUCCGGGAAAGAAUUGCGAUGGAAGUUCAGAACGUCGAGUAUCUGAAGCGUCCUUAUUUAUCUGCUGAAGAAGAUAUCAUUGCAGAUAAAUACGCAACCACGCUUUUUGUGCCGAAUGACAAGGAGAUCGAGACCUUGCAAAAGAUCAAGUUCCUUGAGCCCGUUUCCUACGAAGAACGACUAGUCAAGCUCAAAGGACGCGAUGGCUGGGAAUGAACUGAUGUUUCACAUCAUUUGCUGUUAUUUUUAGUGGAAAUUUAUUGUUAGAAAUGUUGCCCUAUA